UCUCUGCCAUGACAACAGCACGCAUAGCUUUGAAAUCAACGGCGGGGAGGACGCGCACUUUCUGAAAUACGACGUAAAAUGUUCAUCGAAACAUUACGAAUUAAAGAUUUUACACGUUUACAUAAGACCGAUUUUGUAAGACUGAGCUUUUAGUGAUUAUUAUGGAUAUGUGGAGAGCAGAAAGGCUGAACGCGCCGGCGGACUUCAUGAAAGCUGCUGAUGGAGCAUCUGUCUGUAACCCCACUCCUCCUCUGAUGACCCCUGCUCAGUUUACUGGGGGUCCUCUGGCCCGGCCCACAGUUUCACAGACAACUCCCACCCAGGCUCUGACGCAGUCUACACCCUUCAGAGCUCCGCCCCCUUCUAAAUUCAGUGAGGAUGGGUUUUGCUGGACAGAGCCUGCUGCAUUGGAAGCGUGGCGGCCUGUCCAUCACAAACAGCAAAGCGAAAAAAUAUUACACCAGCACUCUGACCACAGGUUGCCAGAAGAUGAGAGAAGCAGCUCAAAGCCCCUGCUGCAAGAGAUGGAAAGGUUAAGAGAAGACAAGGAAAUGAUGAGAGCCGAGAUGGAGCGUCUCAGAGGAAGAGUAGAAUGUUUGAGAGAGCAGAUCAGAGAUCAGCAAAACCGAAUAAACAGACAGUGUAUAGAGCAUGAUGAAUUGCACAGUGAACUGAAGAGUUGCAAGGCUGAACUCAGUAUGAGCAAAGGCCAGCUUUCAAUUCAAAAAAGAGAGUAUGAAUUAGAACGUCAACAUUUGGAGAAAGAAUUACAGGACUCAAAGCAGGAGAUGCUGAGACUGCAACAAAGCCUAAAGACACAGAAUGUGAUGACCGAUGCUGCACAUGAAGUGACCUUACUGAGGUCCCAAAUACAAGAGGUGAUAUCGGAGAGAGAUGAGCUGAGAAAUCAGCUGAGUGUCCUGAACAACUCAUUGCUGGAACAGUCUGAGUGUGUGCAGAAACUGCGGACAUACAUUGGCGGCAACAUCACAGAGAAAAAAGAAGAGGAAGAGCUUAGACGACAGAUACAGCAUUUAGAGAAGGAAAAGGAAGCCCUAUCUUUAUCAAUCCAGCUGCUGAAUGUUCGAGUGAAUGCAGCCAAUGACAUUUUGGCUAUUCAGGAGAAAGAGCUCGGUGAACAGGUGCAGACUGACCCAUUGUACACUGGCAGUAAAGCUGGGCAGAUGUUGAGUGUUUGGAGACAAAAAGUCUUCACGCUGCUUGUUAAACUGCAGACCAGAGAUUUACAACUCCACACGGAGAAAACACAACUACAAAACAUGGUUUCCUCUCUACAGCAGCAAGUAGAGUGUUUGCAGUCGCAGAACAGUGUCCUUCAGCAUCAGCUAGAAGACAAAAUGGCCCAGUUGGAGUUACAGCAUGUGCACGCACAGCAAGUACAGCAGCAGUUGGACAGUGCUCUACAGGAGAACGCUCAGCUGACAGAGCGCAAUAAGUGCACAGAGGGAUCGCUGAAUGAUAUCAGUGAAACAGCACACAGGGUGAUGUCAGCCAUAGAAAUAAAGGCAGGUCAGAUGGAAGCAGUUCAGUCCAGUGUAAAUCAUCUGAACCAGAGACUCGUCUUCGCUGCCAAACGUCUGGACACAGUACAUGGGCUGCUGUUGAGGAAAGAAGCUCUUUGGAGAACCAAGAAAGCUACAAGAUCUCCAGAGCCAGCAGUGUCAGAGAGCUUUAUUAAGAGUCUCCAGGCAGAGGUGGUGUUGUUGAGUGCAGAGAGGGACAAACUCACACAGGAGCUCAAACGCACACCAGAGCUCAUCCAGGCCUCCCUGUCUGAACUACAGCAGCAGCGAGAGAGAGAACUAGGACACCUGCGAGAAGCCCUGUCACAAAGCAGAGAGGAGUUAGAGGCAUCAGAAUCGAGUCGAAUGGAGAUGCAAAGACAAUGUGAAGAGCAUGAAGGAACCAUUGUGGAGCUCUGUGCUGAGACGCAGAGACUGCAGCAGCAGUGUGACUCAGUUUUACAAAGGGUAUCAGAAGCUGAGAGUGUGUGUGCAGAGAAGCUCAGGGACAUGGAUGUUCAACUCAACACAGCAAGGAGAGAGCACACAAAAGCAGUGGUAGCUUUGCGACAAGUUCAGAGACAGGUGGAGAGAGAAAAAGAACAGAUGAAAGACGUAGAGAAAGAGAGAGCAGAACACACACACAGACAGAUCACACAUCUGCAGAAACAGCUGAAAGACAAGGACAAAGACUGCAACCUUCUCCUGGCAGUGGUUCAGGAACAGGGUUUGAUGAAUGAAUAUAAAAGACUGAGGAGAUCAGCAAUUCAGACACCUGAGGCCCUGAAACAAAAACAUCAUUCUCAGUCUGAGAGCAGCAAUCCUCCAACACCUAAAAGUCUGCUGGGGGCACUGCAGGCUCUUAGUGCCGCAGUGAUGGGCAGCUCAGAGGAAGAGGAUGAUGAGGAGGGUCAGGCCUUCACUGUAACACAAACACCCUCUUGUGCUGACACACAUAAAGAAUAGUGCUGAACACACCAAGCAAUUCUCUCUCUCACACACUCGCUGUCUGUCCAACCCCCUCUCAUGGUGUUUAUUGUCUGUUUUAUAAUUUAAUAAAAGAAAUUUUUGUUAAAUUA